CCCCACAUUUAAUCGAAGACCUAAUUUCAUUAUCUGUUUGGAGAUUGAUCAAUAAUUUUAAUUGAUUAAUUGAUUAAUUACCCUUGGACCUAGCUUUUAAUAAACAUAAAUUUAGCUAACGUUUUCCCUCUCGUUUUAACGAGACCUUUACCGGAUCCGUUAACAUGCUGUUCACAGAGGAAGACAUCUUCAUGUCAGAGUUCGAGGACGCGUGCAGCGCCUGGGUGGACAGUGUCAGCUCAGGCAGUGACGGUACAGACUCUGAUGUCGGAUCUCCAGCACAACAAGGUUGUGUGUUAUCCCCGGGGACCGAUGGGUCUGAUUCGGAUUUCUUCUCCGACCUGAAUGACUGUUCCUCAGACAGCCUGUCGCCUCCUCUUGCCUACACCGGGAGCUUCUACACGGAGCCGUUACCGGGCAUGGUGCCACCCUGCAGCACAGAAGCCCUGCUCAACAUGAUCACGGAGAUAGUUGGGAUCUGCACGGUGGAGGACCAGGCGACCAGCGAGACUCCGUCUGCCUCCCUCCCCGUCUCUGCCACACCCUGCUCGGCCAUGAGCGUUGCCUCUCCCCCUAUUUACACUCCCUCCAUGGAGUCUGUCUCCAGCGGAUACUGGAGUCAGGAUCUGACCGAGAUUCCUUCUCCUUCCUCCGGGGUGGACAUUCAGACUCCCACCGCUGCCCCUGUGGUGGUCAAGAACGAGUUCAACAGCAACUGCGACGGCUGCGACAACGACCACUUCUCCCACCCUGGUCAGGAUGCCUUCUCCCCGGGCAGCUUGGAGCAACUGUUCCCGCUGUCUGGUCAAUCUCUGGAUCACCAGGUAGAUGUAAAGGAGCUUCUGGACUCUCUGCUGCUGACUGACAUUAAGACAGAGUGUAUCAUCAAACAGGAGCCAUGCUACGUGGGAGACUGGGCUCAGAAUGUACCUGUUAACGGGAGCUACGUCAACGAUAGCUUUCUGGUCAAAACGGAGCCUCUGGAGUUCCAGACUGGGGCCUCAGGGACGCAGCAGCUGGACGCUUGCAGCGACCUGGCGGCCUUCACCGCCUCUCUCUCCUCCUCCUCCCUGGAUGCCAUCCUUUCCUCCCUGCUGCCCAGCGUGUUCCCGAGGAGCAGGGGCGUGCACGCCACCGCUGGAGAAAGUAAAGCGACGGCCCGCUCCAGCACCGGGGCCGUGAAGGUGAAGCCGUUCCCGUGUCCAAUAAUCGGCUGUGACAGGCGUUUCUCACGCUCCGACGAGCUCAACCGCCACGUGCGCAUCCACACGGGCCACAAGCCGUUCCAGUGCGCAAUCUGCCUGCGCAGUUUCAGCAGGAGCGACCACCUGACCACGCACACGCGCACGCACACUGGAGAGAAACCUUUCUCUUGCGAGGUGUGCGGGAAGCGUUUCGCGCGCAGCGAUGAGAGGAAGAGGCACGGACGCGUGCACGUGAAGCAGCAGCUGAAAGCUCAGAUGAUGGCAGCCUAUCAUCUGGCUUUCCCCGGUGGAGUUUGAACUGAACUCUAACUCUCUAAAGUUGGGCUUCGUGGCCCUGAGUUUAACCUGCUCUUUAGAAGGCUUCUGUUUGGUUCUACUGGCUUCGGUUGGUUCUACUGGCUUCGGUUGGUUCUACUGGCUUCGGUUGGUUCCGUCUGCCUGCUAACGUUGGCUAUUGGCCCGGUUCAGUUGGAGGUGUUGACUUCAAAACGGGCCAUCGGUUGAAAAAUGGUGGAAAAGUUUCAACGGGAGAAAGAAAAUAAUCUCGUCUUGUCGGUUGGACGUGGAACUAUUUUAGAACGUCUCUGGUACGUUGUCGUUGACAUUAUAUCUGUCUGUUUGACUAUAUGUUGUGGUAAACAGCGGAAAUGAACAGAAACCGUUGAACUACGAGAGGAUUCGUUGGUUUUCAGAACCUCUGUGAGUGGACAGCUCCUUGUCUGUCAAUCCGAACAGACUGAAACAUACAGCAUUUUCAGCACCUCUGUGAGUGGACAGCUCCUUGUCUGUCAAUCCGAACAGACUGAAACACAGCAUUUGAGUUUUUUUGUGCAACAUUCAUUGCAUGAUAUAGUUUUACAUUGAUGUGUUGAUGUAUAUUUUAUUAUAUAAAUCUCUAAUGUUAGGAGUUGGAAUGUAACUUUUCUCUACUUCGAAUCACAUUUCUAGCCUUGAUGUUGACCAUAUAAGCCUAUAUUUUAUCAUUCGAAAUAUAUAUUUGAAAUCUUCAUAACCAAAACAUUAUUUAUAUUCUAUUCUCUCAAUUGUAUAUUUCUACCUGUAUAUAUAUAUAUAUAUAUAUUUAUAUUUGAAACGUCCUCUUUCCUGUGAUAAACAUUCUCUAUAUUCUUCCGGAACUUCCAUAAGAACGUUGAACAGUCACAUGAUGUAUUAUGACAUCAUUUCUCUAACCGAUUGUUCCCGGGUUAGGUGGCUCUCGUUGCUGCUCUCACACCGGUGGUUAACUGUAAUUAAUAACAGGGGUCUUGGAGUUUGAUUGUACUUUCUACAUUCAUACAAGACUCACCGGGGGGGGAAAAAAACAAAACAAUAUUCAACAUUGUAGUUGAUGAAUCAAGUAGCACACAUUGCUGUGCGUUUACGUACAAUUAGUUCAACUGCUAAACUCUUGUCUUGUCUGAGGCAUGAAACGCAGAUCUGUUUCGGUUUUAAAUGGAAGACCUUGUGUUAUUU